UCUACAUUGGCAUAUGCUAGCCGACAAACCAACAUUCACAUUUUCUCUCUUUGUUAUUUCUCGUCCUUGAACUUGCUGCAAACAAGCCGGUUUUCUUUCUCUAUUACCUCGCCCUACAUACCCUCACACUAUCACCUCUUCCCUGUCUUCUACAUACCGAAAAGAAUGAAGUGGACGCUCGCCAUAAUCACCCUCAGCUAUGUCGCCAGCGGCCUGAUCGUGAAGCUCGAUUGCUUGCCGUGUCCAAACCCAGACCAGUGCAAAAAGGGCGAAUGCUGGGUACCUAUUCCACCUGGAGUAAAGAACAUGGACACUAGCCCGCUCGCCAGCAAUGAAAACCACGAAACCCAUGGUGAAUAAGACCUGGGUGCCCUCUAGUGAAUCGCAGCAUUCUUGUGCUUUGACUUCAGCCACUAAAGCCACUGGUAGACUUAAAGCUAAAUAAAUAUGCAAGUAUAUAC